UAUAAAUACAUGAUGUGACUAGAGUUGCCCUGCAUCCACACCAACUCAAAUUAUGAUUUCACUGGACAUCACAAGCUAAGGAGCGUUUAGAACUUUGCAUGACUGGUCUUGGGGGGUAUGUGCACAUGGCACUACGAAUGCACUUGAGCUCACUUCGAAUCUGUUAGCAUGGGUAGCAGAAGUAGGAAAGCCAUGUUAGCAUGGUGGUCUGCCUAGGCUAAUAGUCCCUGCAUCACUGCAGGGCUAAUUAAGCCUUUUCAGAGCAAUGUACUAAGGUAGUUGUACCGCAUGCUGUUAUCUGGGGUAGUUCAGUUAGAGCUUGUCCAUGUACCACUCCAUGACAUUGUAAUAGGUGAUGCUGACAUGCCUUUGAACUCAAACCUAAAGCUCUGUUGAAAGUGUUGCUGAUGACUGCAUUAGCUUCAUUCUUCCCUUUUAUACCAGUUAAUAACUAAUGGUAGUUUAAAACCUUCAUAGGGUAAUAACUAGAAGGAAGAACAAAGAUGCUGGAGUCCAAGCUGGCUGACAUCUUCAAAAAUCCCUUCAUAAAGAUUGCUGUUGUGGAGCAGGGGGGAAAGGGUUCUAAGAGGGCAUUGCACUUGAUUCCUACAGAUCAUGUUAGUGAAGAUAGUGUGUCUUUCUGUUGAAAUCAAUGGAAAUAUGAUUGGACCUGAUGUGUGACUAUUCUUUGGAGCACAUCACAGGAUAAUGUAAAAAAUAGAACAAAAAAACAUUUCCAGCAGUGUUCCUCUCCUAAGGUCAGGGUUAACUUCGUGUGCCAACUAUAACAUCAUGAAGAGCUAAUGGAGAGUGGCUGUGACCAAAGAUAGAUGUUCUGACAACUUGGGUCUUCUGGCUUCCAUUGCACUUCUAAGUUCUCUCUCAAUUGUUGUGUAGACACUACGGACAUAGCUAGGAUGGCCUCAAACUCAGGGCUACCACCAUACUAUGAAAAUCACGGCUAUGAGCCAGAAAGUUUCUGUAAUUCUAGGCACGUUGUAAACACUAACGGCUAUCCACAGUACACUCCUACAAGCCAUCCUGCAUCAGUGCCACAUUAUGUUCCAAGUGUUCCUCCUCAACAUCCAGCUACAGUGGUAGUACAGCCAAAGCCUUCAUCUGAGAAACUGUGCACAUCAGGUGUUAAGAAAACCUUAUGCAUUGUCUUAGCUGUUGCAGUAAUCCUCACAGGUGCAGUAGUUGCAGCACUCCUUAUCUGGUAUUUUGUGCAGGAUCCGUGUUUGGAUUCUUCAAUAGAAUGUGGGUCUUCAGGGCAAUGUGUGCCAUUAUCCCAGUGGUGUGACGGACACUUCAACUGUCCUAAUGGUGAAGAUGAAAACCGAUGUGUUAGGCUCUAUGGACCCAAUUUCAUUCUGGAGGUCUACUCAUCAGAGAACAAAUCCUGGCAUCCUGUAUGCGCAGAUGACUGGAAUGAUGACUAUGGAAAGACAGCAUGUAAAGACAUGGGGUAUAAUGUAAAUACUUAUUUCUCUAGUGGGAGAACAGCAAUUGAGAAAGGAGCUAAAAGCUUUCUGAGACUGAACACAAGUGCUGGGAAUAUAGACUUGUACAAGAGAUUGUAUAACAGUGAUUCCUGUGCAUUGGGGACAGUGGUUUCUCUGCGCUGCAUAAAGUGUGGCUAUUCCAGUAAGAACCUGACGCCUAAAGGCAGAAUAGUGGGUGGAAGUGCUGCAUCGCUGGGGCAGUGGCCAUGGCAGGUCAGCCUUCAUAUCCAGAACAAUCAUGUAUGUGGAGGCUCCCUCAUCACCCCCGAAUGGGUAGUGACAGCAGCACACUGUGUGGAAGGACAGCUUUCGGAUCCAUAUUACUGGAAAGUUUUUGCUGGGAUUCUAACGCAGGAUGAAAUCCGUACGAGAAAUGGACACAGAGUACAGAAAAUAAUUCCACAUCCAAAUUACAAUACAGAGACUAAAGACAAUGACGUUGCCCUUAUGAAGUUACAGACAUCAGUGAGUUUUACAGAUUUGGCAGCACCAAUUUGUCUGCCAAACCCUGGAAUGAUGUUCCAUCCUAAUCAGUCAUGCUGGAUAUCUGGAUGGGGAGCCCUACAACAAGGAGGUAAAACCUCAAAUUUUUUGAAUGCUGUGAUGGUGCCUUUGAUAGAGCGUUCCAGAUGUAACGCUAGGUUCGUCUAUAAUGGCCUCGUUUUGCCUACUAUGAUAUGUGCUGGAUAUCUAGAAGGACUAAUUGAUUCCUGUCAGGGCGACAGUGGAGGCCCUUUAGUAACAGCGAAGAACUCUGUGUGGUGGCUAGUUGGUGACACAAGCUGGGGAACUGGCUGUGCCACUCGCAAUAGACCUGGAGUUUAUGGAAAUAUGACCAUGUUUACAACUUGGAUUUACAGAAACAUGCAGGGAAACAGAUGAUGGUAUCUUCCGUUCUUGCUGAACCGUGCUUUCAGGAACAAUCCUAAGUGAUGUUUGGCUACCUUGAAUGUCUAACUACUGUAUUUACUUUUUGCGAGUGAUUUUUUUUUUUCUUUUCCUUCCCCUGUAC